CAGCAAUAUGCGACGUCCGCUCUCGCCGACACUGGCCAAGCUGGCCGAGAAGGAGGUGAACGAGACGCCCGACCGCAUCCAGCAGGACAUUAUCAUCCUGCGCGUGUGGAUACGCCAGCAACCACAUCUCCGUGCCCGCACCGACGAUGACUUCUUGAUUGCCUUUCUUCGGCGCUGUCGUUACAGUCUGGAGCAGACGAAGCGGCGCAUCGAUCGCUACUUCACCCACUACAACCUUUUUCCGGAGAUCAUGAACAAUCGUUGUGUGACGCAGCGACUACUGGACAUCAACCGUUUGGGAGUUUGCCUGUAUCCCGAUAUGCCAAAGGGCGACAGUCGCACUGCCCUGUUCAUUGCUCGGUUUGGACACUUUGAUCCGAAUCUGUAUAUGCUGCGCGAGAUCUAUCACUUCACCUCGAUGGCCAUGGAGAUUGUUGCCCUGGAGAACGAUUAUGCCUCACUGGCGGGCAUUUGUGAGAUAAUCGACUUGGAGGGCGUCAGCUCGGACAAAAUGCGUCGCUUCGACAAGGUUCUCUUUCGCAAAUGGUGGAACUGGCUGUACAAUUGCGGUCCGCUAAAGGUAAAGGAAAUGUACAUCAUUAACAUGCCCAAGGACAUACAGGGAACGAUUAUGUUCCUCUAUAAUCUUCUCAGCAUGCAGGUCAGCUAUCCGAUACGAGUCCUCAAGUCCAGUGAGGAGCUGAUCGAGCACAUCGGCAAGGAGACGCUGCCGGAGGAGUAUGGCGGCACCAAUGGGCAUAUGGGCGAGUGCAUGGCCUACAUGGAGGAUCUGUUGAACAGCUAUCGCGGCUACUUUGACCAGGAUUGCAACUACGGCACCAUCGAGGAGCUGCGACACGAUGAGAUUACCAUAUACGAGGCAGAGUUUGGGGCCAGCGGUUCCUUUCGCAAAUUGAACUGGGAUUGACAUUGACCCAAAUCAAAGAGCGUUCUCUUUGGGAACACCUCCAGAUAGCCCCCAUUCAUACACAAAUACACACAGACUUACGUAUCUAUAUCCAAGCUCUGGUGUAGUCAGUCGAUCAAUUAAAGAUAACACAAAC